AUCUUCUGCAUCGUAGCCGUCACCACACGCCCCAAUCGAGAAGACGGCCCAAUGAAUCGGUCUGCGCCCAGCCUGCUCUUCUCCCCGAAUUAGCACUCUCCCCACUAAAACCAAACAUGGUUCGAUCAUUCUCUGCAGGAGGGGGACCACCGCUCCAAUCUAUUUUGUUGUACAUAUGUCCUGGCUUGCCUCCGACUCUUUUUCCACGACUUCACCAGUCUUUGUGUCCGUCGCCCGUGCCUCAUCAACCUACACGGGCUGAACUCUUCUGCUCUUGGAAGUCUUUGUUGCUUCCGUACAUUCGCUUUUCUUAAUCAAGUCUCUCGUUGUAUACAAUUAAUAUUAUUUCCCUCCUCAUCCAUCAUCAUGCGCCACAUCGUCGAUAGACUGUUGGGCCUCGUCGCCGCCUUCACCCCCAACCUUAGCCACGCCCAACCCCAGGCAAAGGCCCAAGUAGCCUCCUGCACCUCAGCACUCUCCAUCGAUAAUUUCUCCAAAUGGUCCAGCAACACCAACAGCCUUGGCCAGUGGACCAGCGAUGAUGCUUCUAUGGCAUCUAUCUCCGCCAACAAUGGAGUUUUAUCCUUCAAGCCAAAAUCAGACGGAAGCUCUUACUUCUACGAGACGUUCCCUUGCCAGGCGGCUACCACCAACGGCUAUGGAUCUGUUCAAUUCACCAUCAAGGGCCCUGCUGGCGGCUCGGCUUCUCUUGAGAUCCAAACCCAGUCUUCAUGUGGAGCAUCCGGAUACCAGUCCUACUACGCUCCCAUCACUGGGUUGAAUGGCAACACCCAGACCGUUACCAUCCCCCUCAGCUCCUUCUCCGGUGCCAACCCCAAUGCCAUUACCGGUUUCGUUUGGUCUGGCUUCUCGUCAAACACUCACACCUGGGAAAUGAGCAAAGUCGAAUUCGGCUGUGGGGGUUCUGCUCCAUCUUCCGGUCCUUCGUCUACCAUUUCUGUUUCAAAGGAAGCCACCACGAGCGGAACCCCGACUACCAUGGUCACUUCGGCUGCGCCUACCGCUACUGGGUCUUGCAGCUCGCCUCUCCUCAUUGACGACUGGACCUCUCAGUCUCGUCUGACCUUCCUCUACUACAACGCCAUGAUGUUGCCAUCUUCCGACGAUGCCUCCAUGACUUCCCUCGUUGUAGGCCAGCCCUCGAAGAACCGCGUCACCAUCAACCCCAAGGACGGCGGAUCCUACUUUUACUCCCAACUUGGCUGCACGGAUGCCAAGAAGAGCGGCUACAACGGUAUCUCUCUGCGCAUCAAAGCUCCAUCGGGAAGCUCGCUGAGCGUUGAACUCGACUCUUCGGCUUCUUGUGAUGCGGGAGCGGCAACAGCCGUGACCGUGACUUCCAGGGACCUUGGUUGGACUUUUGACGGCUCCGAGAAACUCUACACCAUCCCCUUCUCCAAGUUCCCCAACUUGGACCCCAGCAAACUUACCACUAUCCUCUUCUCCGGAUUCAGCUCUAGCAUGUCUUUCGGACCCAUGGCUUUCUAUUGCGGCUCUACUGGCGAAUACAUCGUCACCACCAGCGCUGCUCCUGCCGGCCCUUCUUCCACGGUUGCUGCUCCUGCCGGUUCCCAGCCUACCCUUGUGGUUGACAAGUUUGCCAACAAAGACAGCAACGCGCUCGGUUUCUGGCACGGUGGCGACGAGGGCAUGGUCACCACCUACAAUGGCGGCAAGCUCACCAUCACUUCCGACGAUGCAGAUUACUCCUUCUACACGCAGAUCUCCGGAUCCUGCACUGACAUGUCCAAGUACAAGGACUCGUAUCUGCACAUCGCAUACUCUGGCAGCACCGCCUUCACCGUCGCUCUCCAGCAACACAACAGCAAGUGUGACGAGGCGAUUGCUCCCUACCCCGAAACCUGGGACUCAAUCGAGGCCAGCCGCUACGCCAAGAACGGCCACAUUUAUAUCCCCAUGUCGCACUUCAAAGUCGAGCUCAGCCGCUCCAUCGGCUUCUCUCUCAAGGGCUUCUACAAGGCGGACCCCGUCACUCUUUCCGCCAUCGAAAUCGUCCCUUCUGUUGCCCAAGGCACCAUCAUCCCCAACAAGCUCGAAACUGGCGACCUCGUCUUCGCCUGCAAGCGCCCCAACAGUUUCGCCUUCGCCAUCGACGAUGGCUCGCCCGAGUAUGCCCAGGAAGUCAUGAAGAUUGUCAAGGAGGAAGGAAUCAAAGUCACCUUCUUCACCGUCGGUGCCCCGCUCCUCGACCCCUCCACAAACUUGACAAACGUCUACCGCGAGAUGAUGUCCCAGGGUCACCAGGUCGCCCUCCACUCCCAAACUCACCCUAAAAUGGAAGGUCUCCCCGACUAUGAAUCCAUCGAUUGGGAGUACAACGAGGAUAUCAAGACGGUGGAGAAGCAGCUCAACGGCCUUCACACCAACUACUUUCGUCCACCGUUUGGCACAGAAGGUGCGCGUAUGCGUCAACGACUUGCUCAUACUCUGGGCGCGAAGCCAACCAUCACCAUGUGGAGCGUCGACGUCGAGGACUGGCUGUGGGCUGAGACGGAUACCCCCGAGCAGCAGCUCACGGCAUUCCAGCGCGACGUCGACAAGGGUGGUAAUCUCGUUGUCUUGCAUUAUCUGUAUCCCAGCACCGUGUCGUAUUUGCGCGAGUUUAUCCAGAAGGCGAAGGCGACUGGCAAGCAGCUUAUGCGGGUGGACCAGUGCAUGAUGGAUCCGAACGCGCCACCGCUAUAG